AUGUCGAAAUUCGCGCAGGACGAGGAUCUGAGCGCUCGUUUCGCGGAGGCUGGUUUGAUCGAGGAGGUCGCAAAGCUCUCGGAAGUCAAAGGACGAGUGGCACGCGCUGUGGCGGACAUUCACGAUGGCCACUAUCAACAGUUAUCAUUUCGUUCCAACAGCGCGCUCGUGAUCAGAACACCCGAUGAACGCACGACGACUCACAACGCUUUCACGUCCCGACGUCGAAGGUGGAUCGCGCGAGCGGCCUAUUGGAACACCAGGGGAACAGGCACAGCAGUGCACACGAUACCCUUCCACCGGCCAAACUCGAGCACUCGAGCCGGGGCACACCAUCCGCCAUCAAGAGUCCUAGAUGCAGAGCGCGCGCGCACCGAUUCGGCGGUGCUUAUGGGUAGGGGCAAGCAGUGGAGCCUCCAACGCGCAGCGUCUUUCCCCUGCGGAGCAUCCCCCGUCUGA